AUGUUGAUGAAAGCUCUCGUUCUUCUCCUUCUCUCAAUCUAUGCUGAAGGAACUAUCAUUUCUACAAGUUUGGGUCAAUUGAGAGGGAAAUCCUUGAAAACACUGACUGGUAAACACGCUCAUUCAUUCAAAAGAGUUCCUUUUGCCGAGCCUCCUGUGAAUAGCUUGAGGUUUGCUAAACCUGUCUCCAAAAAGCCAUGGAUAGGACUACUGGAUGCGACUGAGUAUGGACCUGCUUGCAUGACAAACAUGUCGCUGUCAAGCUCAAUUCCAGAUUGGGUUGAUGAGGAUUGCCUUCAUCAUAACAUCUUCACUUCGAACUCCUGCUUAAGAAGCAAAAGUUGCCCAGUAGUGUUCUUCAUGCACGGAGGCAAUCUGAUGAUGGAUUCUGCCGUCAUGUUCGAUGACCAAACGAUUCUCAACACGUUUUGCGAAAAUGAUGUUGUUCUCGUCAUAGCCGCUUUCAGGCUAGGAGUGUUCUCGACAAUCACUUUUGGGUCAGAUGAUGUUAUACCUAGAAACCUAGCCACAUAUGAUAUGAUUAAUGGACUCGAGUUCGUCCAAAACGAGAUCCGUUCCUUCGGAGGUAACCCCAAGGAUGUCACAGUUAUGGGACAUUCAGCUGGUGCAGAACAAGCAAUUCAGUUAGCAUUCAGUAAAGUCAUCGAUCCUCACAAAAGACUAUUUCACAAAAUGAUAGCCAUGUCUCCUGCUAUUUACUUCGCUGAUGAGAGACGAUCUGUAGAUCUAUCAUGGGAGCUUUCUUACCGUGUCAAUGUAAAAGCAGUAGACUGUCUUAGGAGAACAGAUCAGUUUGAGCUUUUGAGAGUCCAAAGAGAACUGGAAGUCGAACUCUUCUACAAUAAUCGAAUAAUGAUGGUUCCACCCUUGUUUCAUGGAAACGAACUCUUGGAUUUUUUAGGAGAAACAUCAGUGUCGAGACCUCUUCUGAUUGGAUCUGUUCGAUUCGAAAUUCCGGAAGAUGGCCCGUGGCAAAUUCAGAACUCUAAGUUUAGCAACCAUAAGUUUCAUGAGUUUCAUAACCCGAUACAAGUAUUACGAAAGUACAACUCAGACUUUGAUAGUUUCAAACUGGGAGAGCUAUAUGGUUUCAACCACAGCCACAUUUCCCAAACCGUUUUCCUCGGAACAUCUACGGUAGCGCAUUCCAUGAGAAAAGCUGGCGGAAAUGUGUUCCUAUACUCAUAUGAAAACCCGAAACAUGCAGAGCAUACAGAUGAUCUGUAUUACCUACUCGGAACGCAUCCAUUCGAGAAAGAUGAAAACGAAAAAGUUAUAUCAAAGCUAUACGUUCAAUACUUCAUGAACUUCAUCAAGACUGGAACUCCAGAUCCCCAGUGGCCACCUUUAGAAGCUGAUCUAAAUAAUUACAUGCAUAUAGAUGUGGACAUUAAGAGUGGUUUGAGACCUCAUAUGAGGAAUUUUUACAACAAAAAAGUAUUAGACUACUGGCUCAGAGAUAUGGUUGAGUAUGAUAAGAUGUUGAAAGGUGAUGAAGAUGACGCUUCUCCUCGUCAAAUGAUUUCUCUAAAGUCCGUUUCUUCACAAAUCUCGGAAGAUUCUCGCUCAUGUUCGGCCAAUGGAAGAAACCUAUUCUCAUUGUUAAUCUCGUUCCUUCUAGGAUUACUUGUGUGCUUCUUACUCAUCAAAUGCAACAAUCGAAACCUCCCGAGUAAUUACAUGAUCAUCCCUUCAUCGAUUGAGAAAAGCAAUAGCUUGUUCUGA